UAACAGCACGUUUCGAGGGCGAUUGUAAUCAUUAUCGAACAAGUUAUAAACUGAGACGCCGGCCGGCAACGUCUGGCAAUAAUAAAUAAUUUAACUUCUCCAAUUAACGUGUAAAUUGUUAACGUGCAUAAUAUCAAGAUGAGCGCAGAGCUUGAUAACGUAAUCGAGCUCACCGAUGCCGAGGCAGAACUCUAUGAUCGACAAAUUCGACUUUGGGGGUUAGAUUCCCAAAAGCGGUUAAGAGCGGCAAGAAUUUUGAUCAUUGGGGUUAAUGGAUUUGGUGCCGAAGUUGCCAAGAACGUGAUACUUGCCGGUGUUAAAUCGAUGACCCUCUUAGAUGACAGAGAUGUAACGAGACUUGAUAUAUGCUCGCAAUUUCUAGCACCAAAAGAUGCUAUUGGUAAAAAUCGUGCCGAGGCAUCACUCGAAAGAGCGCAGAGUUUAAAUCCUAUGGUAGAUGUUGUGGCUGACACCGAGAGUGUCGAUAAAAAAGAAGAUUCAUAUUUUUCAAAUUUUGAUGUUGUCUGUGCCUCACAGUGUUCAAUUACACAAUUGAAACGUAUUAAUUCAUUAUGUCGUAAAUACAAUGUCAAAUUCUUUGCUGGCGAUGUUUGGGGAAUGUUUGGUUAUACAUUUGCCGAUCUUGGGACUCAUGAAUUUGUCGAAGAUAUCGUUCAGUCACAGAAAAUCGACCCAUCCGAAGGUGGUGACGUAUCUUCGCACAAAGAAAAGUAUGAAAAUGUAACAACCACAGUCAAAAAAACUUUCAAUUUUGUACCAUUUGAAAAUAUCUUAGAUGUUAAUCAAUUGCCUAAAGAAGGGGAACCUUAUUACCUGAUGAGGAUACUUCUAAAUUAUCGUGAAAAACAUGGACACGACCCUCUGCCCAGCGAUCGUGAUGGGGAUCCUUUGAAAGAAGAAUCUGCCGCUAUAAUCAAGAAAUACAGUCUAGGAAACAAGCUAGACAAUUUAAUAAGUGAAAAUCUUUUCGCUCAAAUAAGUCCGGUGUGCGCAAUUGUUGGCGGCGUAAUGGGACAGGAAAUAAUAAAAACGGUAUCCCAAAAGCAGGCGCCUCACAACAAUCUUUUCAUAUUUAAUCCGGAUACCAUGUGUGGAAAAAUAUUGUGCCUCGGACAAAAGAAGGAAUAAAUUUUCAAAAAACUGGGCCGGUUGAUCGGAACACGAGAGAGAAGAGAAGAAUUUAUUUUCCAUUGUAAUUUCUGUAUUUUGUAAUUUUUAAUUUCAUUCAAUUUCAAUAAUAACGAUAAUAUUAACUG